CCAGGAUGCAACAGCCGCGUCCGGCCUCGGCUCCUCCUCUCGAGAGGGCACAGUGGGCGGCGGUGAGCGCUGAAGCUCCGCAGGCUCAGCGGUGACAUGCCGUUCCCGCCGCCGCCAGCCCCGGCCUCGCGGGUCUCCACUGUGCGCCCGUCGCCCCGCAGGCCCUGGAAGACAGCUGCACCCACCUGCGCCCCUCUCGCGCCCUUGCCGCCUGCCGCCACCAGGGAGAAGCAGCGCCCCCCAGCGCGGCCCGAAGUGCUGUCCCGCUCCUGGCCCUCGGCCACCCUGAGGAAGCCCCCUGCGCGCCGUGCCCCUGGCCCGGCUCCUCGGCGUGCCCUGGCCCCAGCUGGCUCCGGGUCCAGCCCCUCGCGGCCCAUGGACAUCGCUGCCUCGGUGCCCGGACCCGCCGCCACGGGGCGCUUCCCCCUGAGCCUGACCCCUGAGGCCACCCCGGCCCUCCAGAGACGCCGCCUGGAGCAGCAGCUGCUGGUGCGGCCCCGCCGGCUGCUCCCCGUGCCCUUGGCCGGCGCCACACUCCCACUGGGCCCUGGGCCCCGAGCCAAGGGCUCAGGUCCUCGGAGGGGAGGCAGCCCUGGAGGUCUGGAUGGGCACCCACCCGGCGUCCCAUUGCCUCCCCGCGGCUGGCGGGCCCCCGAUCCCAGCCCACGGCCGGUGGACCCACGCCGCGUGCUCAAGGUGUCGCUGCUCAACGACCGACACAAGUAUGACGAUGUGGAGUACGAGGAGGAGGUGGCAGGGGUGGUGGACGAGGGCCUGGUCCGCAGGUGCACCGAGUGGCUGCGCGGCGUGGAGGCAGCUGCCGCCUCGAGCAGCCGCACCCGAGCCCUGGACAUGCUGCCGCACCUGAGCACGCUGUGAGCAGGUGUGAAUGCUGGUCAGACUCCUCCCAAGCCCACCCCCUGCUUCCGGGCACCUGUGAGCCAGGUGUGCCUCCGGGGCUCUGCUGCACCUGGGCACCGGGGAGCAGACCCCGUUGGGACUGGACGGGCUCAGCCAGGGCCCACAGCCCACACCUGGCCAUGCUGCUCCACCUGGGUGACCUCCUGGGAGACAGCCUCGUCUGAUGUCCUCCACACCUGUCCUGGGCUCCUGUGAGCCAAGUGGGCCCCCGUGGGAAACAGACACACUCCCCUGACCCCUGGCCCACCUCCUGCCCAGCUGUUCUCCCCCAAAACCACGCCCCCUGCCUGGGCAGCCUCCCCGCCUCCCCCUGCCCCACGCCCGUGUUCUCUGCCCUCAGGCGGCCUCCUGCACCCUCCUGGCCUGCCUCUUCGUGCCCGCAGGUGUGCUGCAGCCCUGUGGGAGAAGGCAGUGGUGAAGACGCCUCCCAGCCCCCCAGCCCUUUCUUUUAGGUCCCUGACACCCUUGGGUGUCUCUCUCUGCGAGUUGCCUGGUGGGUAACCGCCAGGAGGAGGGUGUGGUCCAGGAGGGCGGCCAUCUACUGUGGAACUGACAUGGGGCUGUGUUUAGGUG